AGGAGGGGGGCACGCGCGUCGCGCGCGCACGCCGAUCGACGUUUUCGCGCGCAAAGUGUACCGAAAAUUUCGUGAAAAUAUUUUUUUUCUCUGUGCUGUGAAGUGGCCAGUGCUGUGUUUCUAAUUUUGAAUCUGCGUGAGCCGUCAUGGCGACUAAUUAAUGGAUCUGUGUCAGGCAGUUUCUUGAGUGAUUGUUUGGAUUUUUGGAGGUACCCCCGCACUCUUCGAACGAAGGAACGAUACGAUAUAGACGAACGACCACACAUGUCAGCCCACAAUGAUUCCGAUGAUAGUGCGAGUGUGGUGCGAAAGCGGCGCGGGGUGGUCGCCGACGCACGUGCCGGUGACCCCGCAGACCAGCUGCCGCGACGUGGUCGAGUGCUGCCGCGAGCCGGGCGACGAGCCCUGCUUGCUGUUCAGUGUCCACCCGCAGCAUGGAGUUCACGUCUUACGAGAGGCGGAAUUGCCUAUGGAGGUGGCUCAAGCCAUGGGCCCUGACGUCCAGUUUGUGCUCAAGUACAUCGACACAGAGACGGGGAGCACGGAUAAGAGCAAUGGUAUGAAGGAACCGGGAUCACCAGAGGAAUUGGUAAGUGAUAAUUCUUUGUUAAGUGAGGACGAAGUUUUUUUCGGAAUCAAGAAUAUUGUGUAA